AUCGGGAGACGGAGACUUUGUGCUGAUGCUACCACAUUCGCUGCUUUCAGUGUGGCCCGUGUCUUCAAUGAGUUUUGUCACGCUUUAGCGCAAAAACAGCGGUUCGAUAUCGAGAUCCCUACGCCAGCAGAUAUAUAUAAGACAUAUAGUAUAUAUCCUCCAGACAUCAGCCGCCAGCAGCAAAUUAAACGACUUAGAAGUUUCGGGUUUCAUUUGACCAAAUCGAAUCACAAAAUGCUCACUCCUUGCCUGCUGCUAGUCGCCACAGUCGCCAGUUUCAGCCUCCAGGCACAGGCCAUCCGGGUGGACUGGGGCACCAACACAGGACCGAUACAACCACCUCCGCCGCGCACCACACCGCAACCGCCGAGGAAGCCAUACCGGGAUCCAGCGCCCGUCUGGGAGGACCAGACCAAUGACAUACCCAACCCCAAUCCCUAUGUCUACGUCCUGCCACCUCCAUCGCGACCAAGGACCUGGGCGAUUCCCGCCGGACCCUAUGCCCCGCCCAACUACAACAACCAGCCACCUAAGGGCAACAACUACGGCCAGCUGGUCUCCAGUUCUUACAGCGGCGGAGUGACCUCCGUUCCCGGACUGGCUGCCCAGUAUGUGCCCGGAGUGGGCAUCAAGUAUACGGCGAUCGCGAUGCCCGACAAGCUGCAGGGCAAAUACAACGCAAAGACCAAGAAGUACAAGGCCUACGAGAAGGCCAAGUACGCGUACCCCUGGAACUAUUUGCAGCAGUUGCCGGUGGAGGAGAAGGCCUUGGAAUGGCAGGCGGAGCUCGAGAAGCGGUUGGACGAGGAACAGGCUCAGUCUCAGGCUCUCAGUUCCUCCACGACAAGCACCACUUCCAGCACCUCAACAACCAGCAUCACCACGACAACACCAGUACCACCUCCACCUCCACCUCCAUCCGCGGACAGCACCACCACUGCCACAACAUCGUCGACAACAUCUACGAGCACGCAGCAGCCCACAACAAUUGCCAAUUACAAGCUGGCGCACGAGAAGAGCGCCCAUCUGAAGAAACACAGCAAGCAGAAGAAGCUCUUCCAGCUGCGCAUGGAGCAGGAGAAGAUGGCUAUGAAGAACCUGCAGCAGGAGCAAAACUCGUUGUUGCAGACCAGUUGAGCGGGGGGGCGCGACAGCCGCCAGCAAAACAAGAAAACAUUAAAGCGAACAUUAACUUUAAGACUUGCCCACAAUGUUGUAAAUAACUAUUAAUAAAAUUAAACAUCCCAUAAUAAAA